GUGGUCAUGAGUCCUCAGCUACACGCGUAAAUAUCAAGCUCAACCACCAACACCUUCAUCGACCCGAAGCACGUGGUUGAAACCGCCGUUAACCGACCGCUAAUGGGUUCAGCAAUCAAAGAUAAUUCGCAACAAUGAGACCGCCUUCAGCUCAAUUGCCAAUCAUCCGCAUCGCCAACGGGAGAUUUUAUCGUCAACAUCCUAAUGCAUCAGGCAAGACUUCAAACCCGUCGCUGUUUGAUGGCGUCCACUUCGAACUGCCAUCCGCAUCAUCUAAACCUCAUAAUUGGUGCAUCAUUGGCCCGUCGCUCUCUGGAAAGACUACAUUCCUCCAAACCCUUCGUGGCCGUUUGAUCUGUGACCCGCCCACAGCUCGAUCCUACCCAUACCUUUCCUCCGAUGCAGUUCCUAUUCGAUUACGCAAUACUGACCAAGCAAUUCGAUACGUUGGGUUUGAUGCAGAAAAUGGUGGCACGGCAGCAUCUUCGGUAACAGCAUCAGCCUACUUAUCUGCAAGGUAUGAGUCAAGGCGAGAAAUCACAGACUUCUCCGUCCGUGACUUUCUACUAGGCAACACGGAACUGAAUGCAUUGAAAUCCGAAAAUGGCAAGGAUGAAGGAGUCUCGCAGGCUCUUCUAGACAGGGUCGUUCGUGAUUUAAAGCUGGAACAGUUACUCGAUCUCCCAGUGACCUUCCUCAGUAAUGGCCAAGGCCGUCGAGCACGCAUCGCGAGGGCCUUGCUCACGCGCCCCGAGGUUCUCUUGUUGGAUGAGCCUUUCAUGGGUCUUGACCCUCCAACUGUUGCCGGACUCAGCCCGCUGCUUAAAUCUCUAGCAGAGAAGUCGACACCACGUCUUGUGCUUAGUGCAAGACCACAAGAUCCAAUCCCAGAGUGGAUUACGCAUCUGCUAUAUCUUCGAACAGAUUGUCAGGUUGGAUACAUGGGUCUGAAAGAGGAUGUUCUCGAACGUCUCCGAAAAUACGUGACUGGUGUAAAAACUGGCACCUUGAUAGAGGAUGCGUCACUUCCGACCCAACCACUGGCCGAAAUUGGCCAAGUCGUUAGCAGACCUGAAGAUGUUACUCUAAGCCAUGAUUCUGUCUCUGAGACUACAGCACCGGAUCCCACCAAUUCGUCUGCAGACGUGCUUGUUGACAUGGACGGAUGCCAGAUCCGCUAUCGCGAUAAGAUUGCUCUUGGCAACUGGUCCCAGACGGUCAAUGGCAAGGAGAAGCUCGGCCUGAUUUGGAAAGUUCGUCGUGGCGAACGCUGGGGUGUAUUUGGACCGAACGGAUCAGGAAAAACAACCAUUGUGUCCAUGUUGUCGUCUGAUCACCCGCAAUCCUACUCGCAGCCGCUUCGGCUAUUUGGAAAAAGUCGACUGCCUGAGCCAGGUGAAAAGGCGCUAAGUAUAUGGGACCUUCAAGCAAGAAUUGGGCAUUCUAGUCCAGAGGUGCAUCAACAUAUGCCUAGAAGUCAUACGAUACGACAGGUUCUGGAGAAUGCCUGGGCAGAUACGUUUGGUCUGAAGCCUAAGCUGGACGCAGCCGCAAAACAAAAGGUGGACGCCGCAUUACGAUGGUUCAUGCCAGAGCUACGGCCAGAUAAGAGCAGCAGCACAACUACAGGUAACGACCUUUCGUGGGCAGACGACUUCAUGUUUGGAGAACUAUCCUUCAGCGCCCAGCGUGUCGCGCUUUUUAUCCGCUGUAUGAUCAAGAGCCCAGAUAUUGUAGUCUUGGAUGAGGCCUUUAGCGGCAUGGACGACACCGUACGCGACAAGUGUGCUCUAUUCUUGACGGAGGGAGAGACACGGGUAAAAAAAGGAGACCAGGUCGUGGAAAGCGAGGAACACAAGGCGGAAACCGUUAUUGUGCCAGGGCUGUCGGCCCAGCAGGCAUUGAUCUGCAUAGCACACGUCAAGGAGGAGGUGCCCGACUGUGUGAGAGAAUGGAUCUGUUUACCGGAAGCCAACACGGGAAGCCCUGCGCGCUUUGGACGCCUAGACGGGCCGCUGAGGAAUGACGGGACGAGGUGGCGACAGAUUUGGGGUUUUGGCGCUGAAUAAUACGCUUGUUCAAAGUAGACUUGGAGGCGUGCUAUAUAUAUAUUUGUAUAGACUUGUAGAAGUAGACUUUAUUUUCAGCAAGAUGUAUUGCGUUUUCCACUGUGGCUUUUCUUUAAAUGUAUUUGCA